UCUUUUCCGGCGAAUCAACCCGGAAGUCCAUGUUCGCGUCUCAGUUUCGCUGAAGUGGAGAUUUUAUUGUAUAUGUGAGCGCAGACGCGUCAAUUUGGGACAGUAAGUACAAGUGUUCUGGGCAGUGUGCAUGUGUGCAUCCGUGCAUCUGAGCGCCUGUGUACGGGUGUUCCCUUGUGGUGAUGUACUGCAGCUACCAGGACCGGCAGGUGUUGGAGGAUAAUCUCUACGGGGGAGAUGGGGCUGAAUCUGAGGCGUCAGAUGCCAUCAGUGAGCUGGAGUUCCACCUCUACAGUCAGCUCCACUACUCUUCCAACACCCUGGAGUUGGAAGAUGGAGAGGACAAGCCUAGACAAAAGAUUGAUGCGGCUGACAAGACUACAGAGACGGCCGUUAACGUAGAAGUUAAAACCAAAACCAGACCACCAUCAUCCAGUCCUGUCAAAGUGCAGCAGCAAUGCAACAAGUUUGAGAAGCAGGUCAAAAAGAAGAAGGGAAAAAGUGUCCCUAAAGUUCAUAGACCAUUGCCAAAAUUUGAGGAGGUUAUUGUCAUUGACUCAAGUUCUGAUGUUAUAACCAUCUCUGAAAGUUACUCUUCUGAUGAUGACGACGACGACGAUGACAAAGGAGUUUGCGCAUUGAAGGGAAGCCAUGUACGCCAAACGCUGACACCCACCUUGGUCAAAAAGACACCCCGUGAAAAGGCGAAUGAUCCAGUGACUUUGGAUUCCAACAGCUCUGAAUCUGGUUCAGAAUCAUCGCUUUCAUCCAACACUGAUUCCUACCUUGUGGAAAACUGGAUGAUCCUGGGUCAAGGCAACCAGCAUGGAGACCAUUCCAUUGAACUCAACCUGGAAGGUUCUACUGGCAGCAAUGCAGAUUUUGAAGAAAACAACGAUGCCACCUGGGAGGUUUCGGACAAGGACAGGGAGGCUCAAAUCUUCAACAGAAAUAAAAAAGCCUUUAGGCGUGUUGCCAACAGAUAUUACACGCCAAAGAAUGUCCAAAGCCGAAAGUUGCCUGUGUGCUUUCUUUGUGGCAAUCCCUACCACAUGUCCAGUGAGUGUCCCAACAAGCACUGCAACAACUGCGGCCUUCCAGGUCACGCGUUCAAUUCCUGCAAUGAGAGGUCUUACUAUCACAAACAGUGCCAUCGCUGCGGCAUGACGGGCCACUUCUAUGACGCAUGUCCAGAGAUCUGGAGACAGUACCACAUCACGACCAAGACGGGCCCUCCAACGCAGCAACAGCAGGACAAUGGCCGAAGCCCCGCCUACUGCUACAACUGUUCCAAAAUAGGACACUUUGGCCAUGGGUGCAACCAGCAGAGGAUGUUCAGGUGGAUAUACGUUGCCACACCCUUCAUCAACUAUUAUGACACCAUGAUGGAUAUCAAAUGCAGACGAAACAGGAUGAAGUACAAGGCUGAAGAACUGAAGAAAAAUAGCCUUACAUCCGACAACUCCCACUCUUCGACUCCUGGACCAAAGAGGAAGAAACAAAAAAUCAGCCAUGCAAACAAUGGCCACCUCUUUGACAAUAAAUUUGAAAGGACUGUUUGGAAGCACAAAUCCAGCCCCAGACAUAAAUUUGUUCAUGACAGAAAUGACUCUGAGGCUGAGGUAUUUCCCAAAAGGGGGUUUAACAAGGAAAGACAACAAGGGAAUGCAGCCAAACAGUGGAAACCCAAGAGACCGGUGCCCAAAGAACGCCCCGCACCACCCAAACUCAUAAUAGAUGAACGGUUGGAUUUCCCCAGAGAGGGAGCCAGAGGAGAAAAACCGAAGAAGAAGAAGAAGAAGAAAUACAACCAAGCUUCAUCCGUGGAGUUCAGGGAUGCUGGUCGUUUUGAGACAACACCUGGCAAGUCAAGAAAAGACAAAUAUAGAAAGAGAAAUAAUUUCCGGAAAAAAAUGGACACAGAGAUGUAUCCAACAGAUGAGAAUCUGUUUAGCAUACCGCAAAGGAAACGCAAGCAAAAGCAACGUGUAUGAACCUGUGUGAGUAUACGUCUGUUUGAAUGUUUGUCAGGGCUGCUAACAGGGUCCGAAACAGGGUCCGACAUUAACCGGGUGUACGUGACUGUGUCAGGCCACCCAAAGUUCACUGAUGCUGGCUCGACCGAGCCACCAGUAUAAGAUGUCAUUAAAAAUGAGACAGAAUCAACAGGUUCUUGCUCUUAUAUCUUUCUAAUAUUCAACAUUUUGGCUUUUGCCCAUGUAAAUUGACCGAUCAUCUGUGCUCUUUUUACCCCCCACUGUGUACAUUAGAUGAUUAGUAAAUGAGGGCUUUCACUGACGCAUUGCGUUUUUGGCCACAGGCUCAAUGUGCAUCACUAUUUCAUUCACAGGUAGGCCUAUAUACAGUCUAAACAUUUUAAAUUUAGUUAAGUUUUGUUUUAAAUCAGGGCCAGUACUGGUCUGGCAGGCCCGAGCAUGACCAUCCACACACGCUUACCGUCGGACCCUGGCUGCUAGUCAUUUUGUGUGGACAAAGUUCUAAUUUUAUUCUUUUGUUCUCUUCAUCCUGUUUCAAUUAAAUGUUUCUCCAUUAAACAUAAAAUGUUGCUUAUUGGCA